GAAGGCUGGGAGAGUCUGAAAACUGACUGAUGAAGAGUGAAGCAAGUGAUUGACUGCCACCGUUGAGAAUUGCUGUAGUUCACCUGGUGUUUUAUCUACACUGUGCGGUGACGAAUGAGGUGGGAGAAUCAGCCAGCUUUCGCUCACACACCCCAGAGUGUCUCAAAGCAGCAGAACAGCCAACUGCAUAGACACCAUUGUGCACUUAAUGAGCUCUCAUUAAACCACUUUGGAAAAAGCUUGGAGUCUCUCGGUUCCAGUGGCUCGAUCACAGCGCACAGUGCACGGAGCCCAAGUGUCCAACACCGAACCCGUCCGUUUUCAGUCCUCCACGAGGCAGCGAGAAGCCCAGCCCUGGAUUCAAUACUUUUAAUCAAUGGACAGAGCCCUCUCAACGGCCAACCGAGGUACCGACACGCCAUAAGCAGUCCUUAUCCUCUGGCUGGUGUUCCCCCUGUAGUGUGGAGGGGGAUGGAGCGUGGUGGAGGAGAGAGUCCUCGACUGCGGGACAGUCCCGAGCGACGUGUAAGCAGCAGCCCUGAUAUCGGCUGCCCUCCACAAAAGCUGGGCCGUCUGGAGCUCAACGGCAGUCCCACAGGUCACCGCAGUCGUCAUAAUGGGGCCCCACAAAGACCUCUUAGCGGUUUGAUGAUUCCCGUAUUCUGUGUGGUGGAGCAGAUGGAUGGAGGGAUGAUAUCAGAUGCAGAGAGCCGAGAGGAACAUGCUGAGUUUGUGCUGGUCAGAAAGGACAUUCUCUUCACCCAACUGGUGGAGACUGCUCUCCUCGCCCUCGGCUACUCUCACAGUUCUGCAGCCCAGGCUCACGGCAUCAUUAAGGUGGGCCGCUGGAACCCCCUGCCCAUCCAUUACCUGACAGAUGCUCCAGAAGCAACAGUAGCUGAUAUGUUGCUGGACGUUUACCACAUGGUCACACUGCGCAUACAGCUACAGAGCUAUGCUAAACUGGAGGACCUUCCAUCUGAGCAGUGGAACCACGCAACAGUACGCAACGCCCUCAAAGAACUUCUCAAAGAGAUGAACCAGAGCACACUGGCCAAAGAGUGUCCACUUUCACAGAGUAUGAUCUCCUCGAUAGUCAAUAGUUCCUACUAUGCUAAUGUCUCAACUGCCAAGUGCCAAGAGUUUGGUCGCUGGUACAAGAAGUACAAAAAAAUUAAAGGCGAUUAUUUGUGGCAAGGACGGGAGGGCUCGGAAAUCAAGGUUGAACGGGACAACCUCGCAGACUUCUGUGUAUUAGCCCAGCGUCCACCUCCUCACCUUACAGCACUGGGACAACUCGGCCCAUUGAACAGCGCUGGCUCUCUGGUGAAAGGCAACUCGGGGGAACCUCAGAAUUCAGCCCAGUCUCAGCCUCCAUCUCAAGGGCAGCCACAACCACCAUCAUCUCUUGGGCAGCUCCAUCACAGUCCUCCACUAAGGGCACAGGUGCCUCCUCCACCUCCUCCUGCUGCCCUGCAGCCUCUUUUGGCACCAGGAGGACUUCUCUCACCCCAGCUCAGUCCACAGCUGGUCCGGCAGCAGUUGGCCAUGGCUCAUCUUAUCAACCAGCAGCUGGCCGUCAGCCGCCUCCUGCAUCAGCACCCACAGGCUCUUAACCAGCAGUUUCUUAAUCACCCACCCAUCCCACGGCCUAGCAAGUCUGGGGGCCCUGGAGAGCCCGGCUCCAACCCCUCGGCUGCAGAAGUGUCCUCUGAUAUCUACCAACUCGUGCGAGAUGAGCUGAAAAGGGCCAGUGUCUCCCAGGCAGUGUUUGCUCGAGUUGCCUUCAACCGUACACAGGGCCUGUUAUCAGAGAUAUUGCGAAAAGAAGAAGACCCGCGCUCAGCCUCUCAGUCCUUGCUGGUAAACCUCAAAGCGAUGCAAAACUUCCUGAACUUACCUGAGAGUGAGAGGGACCGCAUUUACCAGGAAGAGCGAGAACGCAGUAUGAACCCUCCUGUGAGUCUGCCUCCAACCACAAACCCCAGCCCUGGGGCCGUCCGCCUUUCUCAGAAGGUGUGGGAGCGCAGCAUCGAUGAACAGUUAACCCCUGAUGCUUGGGCAUCUAUUUGGAAGAAUAAGACCAAAAUCACAAACUCGUGCAAGACUCCUAACCCUGACCUUCCUGUGAAACUGGAGCCACUGGUUAACAUCACCUCAACCAUCUAUGACGAAAUCCAGCAGGAGAUGAAACGGGCCAAAGUGUCUCAAGCACUUUUUGCCAAGGUGGCAGCCAACAAGAGCCAGGGAUGGCUGUGUGAGCUGCUUCGCUGGAAAGAGAGUCCCAGCCCAGAGAACAGGACGCUCUGGGAGAACCUGUGCACUAUCCGGAGGUUUCUAAGCCUUCCACAGACAGACAGGGAUAUGGUAUAUGAGGAGGAGUCCCGUCAUCACCACAGCGAACGGCUGCACACUGUACUACACCUGCCCACUGACCCUCAGGUACUUCACAGACAGCCCAUGCAGCCACUGAAGGACCACUCUCCUAUUCGAGAAGACCCUGUUCCCAGUUCUGGAGCUGAAGAGAACCCUCAGGCCAACACAGGUUCUGGAAACAACGGACCGGUCAGCAAUGUCACCAAAAAACCUCGCUCUCGCACCAAGAUCUCUCUGGAAGCUCUAGGCAUCUUACAGAGCUUUAUCCAGGAUGUGGGUCUAUACCCUGACCAGGAAGCCAUACAUACCCUGUCAGCUCAACUGGAUCUGCCCAAACAUACCAUUGUUAAGUUCUUCCAGAACCAACGUUAUCAUGUGAAGCAUCAUGGACGACUGAAGGAGCUCAUAUCGGAGGGUGGCGGUGUAGACGUGGCUGAGUAUCGAGACGAGGAGCUGCUUUCCAGUUCAGAGGAUGCAGAGUCCAGUGAAGAUGGUCACGAGGAGAUCUACAGCGGGCAUGAGAGUGCCCCAGCUGGAGCAGCCAACUCUGUCUCAACUCCAACUCUUUCUUCUGUCCAAGAUGAAAAUAAAGACAAAUGCUUGCCUCUAGGAACAAUCAGACCCAGCUCUCUGCCCCCAUGCAGUUCAUCCUCAAGUCCCAGAGAUCAAGCAGACUAUCAGAGAUAAACCAGCCUCAGCAAAGACUAUACUGCAGGUAGGGAAAGGCAAAGAGUGAGCACUUACAACGGUUAUGUAGUGGAGGAGAGAGUGUUAUGGACAGCUUAGAAACUUACUGACAAAGACGCAGUGUCCUUUUAAGACCUGCUAAAGGUAAACCAAACCACACAAGAUUUGCAUUUUGAUUUAGGGGGACUCUUGGCCUCAUACCUCACAAGUUACUUACAGGGACAAGAUGGUACAGAAGCAAUCCCUACAGGGUAAUACAUGCGUUUGGUUGACUGGAAAGCUUUAAUUCCUUAUAUGUAAAUUGUCGAAUUAAAGCUGGUUUCAAGAUGGCUGCCUCAACUCCAAGAUAUCACGAGCAUUCAAACAUGCACGCUAAGAAUGUCAAGAAGGCCAGUCUUUCACCAAGAUUAUGAUUUCUUAUUUGAAAACAGAGGGUUUCUUUAAAGAUACCACUAUCCAUGCCCCCCUCUACACCCCUACAGGGUUAAAAUAGCAGGGACAGAGCUUUAGAUGAGCCAUUAAUGUCUUAUAGGUCACCAAUAACUUUGGUAUAAAUAAAUUUCUGUCUGAUCAGGGAACCUUGUGGGCGGCUGUGGCUGUCCUCAUCUUCCCCUCCAUGAUGGGGCAUUCUGGUGGUCGCCAAUAGAGGGUCGUGCUUGACUGCUAAAGCAGUCGGUUGGGUUGGAGGUACAGAUGAGCUUUUGGGUGUACACAUCAGCCCAGCCCAGGAACCCUACUAUAAACACGUGCGGUGUGCUGAAAGGUCCACAGUUAACCCUAUGGCGCUUUUGAAGACCGCGCCAUCUCUCCCACAACCAGCCACAACCAUCAUUCCAAGCAGUCCCACGUGGUUCAAGAAAUCACUCAUUUACCCCCACCACCCAUGCACACCCAACACAGACUGUGCACAACAUAAUGAUCCCUCAGUCCUGUCCAGUGGUUGAAGGUUUGCUUUAUACAGAUAUAUUUAGACCUUAGGUUUCGUUCCGGUUUUGCUCUCCUAACAGACUGUAAGAAUAAAGCAUAAUUGGCUGGAGGACUGACUGCUAUGGACAGAAGGACAAUAGUGAGGGUGCAGUCUAACUGCAUCUGCCUCUAACCUAGUGGAGAAAAGCAAACAAACAACUUCAAUUGUGUGGAAGUGCGGUCGUCUUUUUCUUCCGUCACCCCCACAGCUCUCUCUUUUACUGACUGAUGCCCACAAUGUCCUAAUUUGACCACACGUAGCCACACCCAACUCCACAGCACUAUUUAUUGCUAUCUCACCCUCAAUUAUUAUUGUUGUUAUUGUUAUUAUUGUUAUUAUGGUUGUUCUUGCUGUUAUUUUUAGUUCUAUUUUCACGGUCUAAUAUCAGCUUUUGACUUGCAGCAGAUGUUUUGGUAAUGAGAGACGUUGUGAAAGAAAGAAACACUGCCAAAACACAGAGAAAGGAAUUAGAAGAAGUUACUGAAGUUACUGAGUGAAUCAUGUGAGAUAUAUAAAUAUAUAUAUAUACUGCCAGUUCUAUCAGCAUUAUGUACUUUUCCAAAGAGAACAGCACUUGGCAGAUGAGACGUUGAAAAUUAAAACAACAGAAUUAAGAGGAAUCAUUGGAAUUUGUAUGAUCUUUUGUGCAUAAGAUGACAAUCCUUCAUUUGAGCCAAUCAGAACUCGGCAAGCAUGAACUCUGCAUUCUGAUUGAAUUAUGACUUUGAUCAGCGUAACUUGACGCAACAUUACACCUGUUGCAAAUCAUCCAUGACACCGUGGCAACACUUGGAUCCAGGGUUCUGAUUUGUUUUUGAGAAUCAGCUGCUACUUGCUCUUUCACAGAUAAAUAGACAAAAUAUUGUUGUUAACCUUAUGCUAACCCUUAAACUAUUUUUGUUUCAAACCAGUGAUAAUUGUGGUCUAUGUCCAUGUUUUGUCUUUUACAAAUAGAAAUGUUUUAUGUAGGAUCUUUAAUGUGCAAAAUGCUGAUGUGGUUCUUGCAAUUACUUUGAGCAUCCUGACUCUUUCACAUAGGCACAGUCCACACUCGCACAUGCCUAGAAGUAAUGCAUUCCAGCAGAACAAUAAUUAGAAAUGGAUAUGCACAUAUUUUUCUGGUAAAGUAUAGAAGAUGGUAUCCUGAUCACAAAGAUAAACUUCUCACUGUGUCUGUUGGGUUGUAUUGUAGGUAACCUUGAGAAAUGGUUCUCCGCUGCGCUGAUGAUUUGUACCUGGUUAAGAUUUGCAUGCAACAUUCAUUCAUUCAUUUUCUUUUCGGCUUAGUCCCUUUAGGUCACCACAUUGGAAUGAACCGCCAACUUAUCCAGCAUAUGGUUUUCGCAGCGGAUGUCCUACCAUCUAAAACAUCCAUACACACUCAUUCACACACACACAUACACUUUGCACAAUUUAGCUUACACAAUUGAGCUAUAUCGCAUGUCUUUGGGUUGUGGGGGAAACCGGAACACUCGGAGAAAACCCACGCGAACACGAGGAGAACAUGCAAACUCCAGCUAAGGCUGGAACCAGCGACCUUGCUGUGAGGCGAUUGUGCUACCCACUGCGCCAUGGUUCAGCACCCCCUGCAACAUUCAGUUCUUCUAAUCAAGCGAAGAGCAGAGUAAGGCCUCAAAGACUAAGCUGUCUAACAUAAAUUACAGGAGUGAUAAGAAGUCACAUACAGGUGUUGAUGAUACAUGAGGAAGGUGUGCUUUAUGCCUACCAACAUCUGACAGCCUCAGAGUAUGUUGUGGUUCUCUGCUGCUCAUCUCUCUUCUAUUUUCUGUCCAGUUCACCUGUCUGCAUCAUCUUGUCGAUUCAACCCCAUUCUUGGGUUUUUGUCUGAUUGUUCCCUGGUCUGAUUUUCCCAGAUCUGAACUUAAUGUUCAGCCAUAGGUGAUUAUAGACCUUACGAACCUACCAAGGCCCCCUCCAGAAAAACUUAAAUUACUGUCAACAACCUUGGAAAUGUGUCAUUAUGUGAUUUUUCUUUUCAGUCUACAGUCUCUUACCGCUCAUUAAAACCUUUAGAGUUAGUUACAUAUAAGUAUUGCCUUUCUCUCUAAGUGGUCAGAAAUACUUUGUCUUCUGUAUUUAAAAUGGAGCAAAUGCUGAAAGUUGCUCAUCAUAUGUUCCAUUUGAUACCAGAAAGAGCCACAGAGUGACAAGGAACACAAUCUUCACUGUAAAAUCUCAGAUGCCUGCAGGGUUUGCAAAAGGUCUUUAAUAACACGGUAGUGAUUGCCUGCUUGAUCUACACCUUACUUAAGCCUGUCAAUCAUGUCACUUUCGGAGCCCUGCACCACCCCUUUCGUUAUACUCUGAGCAUCUUCUCCAAAUCCCUCCACCCUGCCGAGCCUAGAUCAGCUGGAGACAAGCACUUCUGAUGAGUCCAUCCCUAUACACCUCCCAAAUUACCUCGUAAAUGAUGAGAGCAUGUGCACACAUGUGUCUGUGUGUCCUAGACUGGUGUUUAACCUACCAUGGGGGUGGCUUACCGCUCAGCAGGAGUGAACAACUACUCUCUUCUUCUCCUCCAUCACCUCCUCCUCUCCGCCUUUGUCAGAGUUAGUGGUGAGAGUGAUGCCGAGGAGAAAACAAAGAAGAUUCCAAGAGUCCCUGAUGAGCACUAGGUCAAGGUCGCUGGCCAAUUAUCCAAGUCUUUCAUUCUCAUUCUGUCUUUUCAGUUCUCCGUACCAUCCCUCUGUUCCCUCAUUUUCUCGUUCACCAGGCGGGAAAGUAAUCGUUGUCUCCCAUGCUGUGGUGUCGAGGUUAAGUGCAGGUGAUGAUGCCUUGUUGAGAGGGUAGUUCCCUGAGAGGCUGCAGACUCCUGGAGUGGCAUGUCUGAAAUGUGCUUAAGACAAAGACUUGGUUGGACUGAUUUGUUCAAUAUCUGGUUAGCCACUAUCGGAUUAGGUUGACUUUAAAAGUAUUGGGUGAAGUCUUCUGAGGCUGCUACCCAUAUUAUUGACACCAGGGCUGUCUAAUCCUGCUACUGACUGGCCAACACACUUGUCAGGAAGUUGUCUUGUAAGUCUGAAGACCUUGGUUUGCUUGGUUAGAGAUCAACUCUGUAGGUCAGUGGCCCUUCAGGAUUUAGACUAUGAAAUAACACUCACCUAGUAUUUAAUCACUAAGAUUUAAAAAUUCCAGGUACAUACAAGAUGUCACAGGAAGGAAAUGCAUCAAGGAUGUUCUUGCUCAUAUUGCUAAUGCUUUCGUUUAUCUUACAGUGCCUCUGAACUAAGCACAAUGCUCCAGUUCUUUGCUUCGGAGAUGACAAAAUUAAAUGAUCUCAUAAUUUCCAUCAUUGUUUUCAUUGUUUUGUACUCAUAAACGCCUACAAUGUGAAUCAGGAUUGCCACUCCUGAAUUGGUACUUUCCUUGUCAAUCGAAUGCAUUGUCAUUAUCACUAAGUGAUAAUUAACUUAUGUGCAUCAUUUGGCUUCUUUGUUUGUAUGACAAUGUUUUGUCUUUUGAUUUUGUUUUUCAAAUGCUGUUGUUUAAAUAAAGUGCAUUCGAGGAAAAGAA